AUGAACGCCACAAUGCGGCUAGAGUGUUUGCUAGUCGCUUUGCUUGCCGGAACCACAACCCAAAUAUUCUGUGAACCCAUCGAAUACUUUGAGUAAGUUCUGCUUUUUUAUUUCUUUAUUCAUAAUACAUAAUAUUUUUAUCAACUUUUCAGUCCAUUCCCCAACUGCAACGAAUGCGCGCGAGUUGUGGGCGACACCAGAGUUGUAAUUUUAAAUUUUUAACUUGCACAUUAACUUUCGACAUGUUUAGGGGAUUGAAAACGUUAUCAAUGGCUUCAAUACGGCAAUCCAUGUUUUCUGUCAUCUGCAGCGCAGCGAAGAGCAAUGCAUGGCAACAAAAGAGCUGAUAAUGAAAACGAUGGAGCAAACCAAAGACUCCUUUUUUCCAAUGCAAUAUGAGAAAAAUGUAUCGAGAGUAGUCGCGUGUGCGCAUGGAUUCAAGAUCUGCCCAGAUCUGUGAGUUUAUUAUUAUUAUUAUUAUUAUUAUUACUAUUCUUUUUUAAACUAGUGUUUCAGUUCGAAGGACGGCAAACCGCUUAAAAUACAGCAAUGGAGUUGCCAAGCUUGCUCCAGCUUUUUCAAUGCUCUAUUCAAGGUUAGCAUGCAGCUUUUGUACAUCUUUACUUUUUUUAAAAAUUUUUUUCAGCUGUUGAGAAGUCCGAUUAAUGACGUCAACACCCUAGCGCCUGGCUUCUUCUGUCAGGAAAGAGAUGAAAGUUGCAUCAAUGCAUUUAAAGAUGCUAUUCAACUAGGCGGAAGUCUUGGAGACAUCUUCAAGGACCAGGUUUUUUCUACUAUUUUUUUAUAAAGUAUCAUUUCAACGCUUGCAGAAAAUAACCGCAAACGUUUGCCGCAAUAUACUUAAGUGUAUCGAAUGA